AUGGCUCAUAUUAAUGCAGAAUACUCGCGCGACGAGGACUGUCACAUUGCCAACAUUGUGAAGGCAAUUAAACUAUGGAAAGAGACGCCCCGCAAACGAAUAAGUGGGAUAGCUAACCAGGGAGCAACAUGCUACUUAAAUACACUUUUGCAAACGUUACUACAUACGCCCGACCUAACGAGUGAGUCGGGAUUCUCCUGAAAUGGUGACCCAGUUUCUGCGAAACCGCUCACAGACAGUUUUGGUUGGAGUUCAGACGAGGUGUUGGUUCAUCAAGAUAUCCAAGAGCUGAAUCGUUUACUGUUUGAACAACUUGAGAAUAAUUUGAAAGACACCUCCGAGAAGUCUUUGAUAAGUGACCUUUACAGGGGAGUCUUGAGAACCUGGACGAGCAAGUUCACGGAAUUACCGCCUAUUUUGACUCUCUCCUUGUCACGUUUCUACUACGAUGCCAAAACCAUGGAAUCGUGCAAGCUUGACAAGAUGUGCAGCUUCCCCAUUCUCCUCGACAUGACCAAUUACGUGGCAGGAAAGAUGACCUUGCCAGUUACCUACGACCUAUUCUCCAUUGUCAUCCACGUUGGCGCGGCGGCCUGUGGGGGUCACUACCACGCCUUUAUUAAGGAUCCCUACGGAUAUAUCGGCGGUAGCGUGCCUCCCGAUUUCAUGCCCAAAGAGCCAACGUCUGAUCCGAAACCGCAGUCUAGUCACGUAACAGAUCCCAUUCAGACCAACACAAACCACCCUUUCAUGUGCUACCGCGAUUCCUCGGAAACCACCACCGCACAACGAGUGCGGGCCCAGUCACAACAGCGGUACUUCCAACCCUGCCCGCGACGGAGCGAAUCAGACCAGGACCCGACACGAGCGCCCCUGGUGAACAAUGUCACCUCCGUGUCGGCAGUUAAAUUUGGACGAAUUCCUCGAGUUUCGCUGCUGGGCAAGGCGCUCAGAGCGCCUGGUGCUGGCAGCCACAACUUCCCCCACAGCAAGGACGCCAACUCAACCACAUCGGGCGUUUCUAGCUCCAGUGAAGAGGCCAAAAGCUUGACGCAAAGUAAAGUUGCGAUUGGGUCGAAAAAUUUACCGGUGGACCUCAGAGGGCGGAGCAAUUUACGUGAAAAUUUAACAGCAAGGAACUUGAGGACAGAGCUGUUAGCAACCAAGCCAAAGUGGAGAACUUACAGCCAGUUUGUUAACAGCAUGCGUAGAGGUCUUGCCUCAUGUCAGCAGUCACAGACGCGUUCCGCCAGCACUUACCGUUCAAACUGCAACACCACUUCAAACUCGCAGCUCGUUUUCUCCUCAAGGACGAGUAAUCGUUCACGCGAGCCCUCGUCUCUUGCUGGUGGCACCCACGUGUAUCGUCGAAAGCCCUCAACACCAACUUCAGUAACCCACUCAGAUAGCACGAUCGAUAUUGACGUGAGUGACAAGUCAGACUGGACGAGUGGCCCACACAAGGCUCGAGAAGCCUUUACUACUAGCCGAAAUAACGACGACAGCAAGGUAUCCAAACGUCAGUCUUCAGUGGGUCCUUCGAAUACCCAGUCGCAACGCACGCCUCGGUCUUCUUCUGGUUUCGCCGAGGCCUGGCAGUCGAGACUCUUUGGACAGUACCACAAACCACACAUCCUGUCUUCUUCGGGCUUGCAUGAGUCUAGAAGCUCAUCGAAGACUCCAACAAGGGCGUCUCUGAAAAGCUCGCCUUCUGUGUGUUUGGAAGGGGACAAUGAUGCCUCCACAGUGCCCUUGGCCAGUACAAAGGACUCGGUCAUUCUGAACAGGCAUCAGAAGAGGGUAGAUAGAAUAGAAGCCCCUUCCACCUACACGUCGGAAGGGUCGCUGACUACCCACGUGGGAAACAGAAUCUCUCCAAAGGGGACACAAGAAACUGACAGCGUUCAAGUACCCUGCAGUGCGCUAAGGAUAACUCGAGGUGGCGAAACCCCCGUCAUCUACGGAAAGUGGUUUGAUUUCAAUGACGACGUUGUGACGGAAGUCAGCUGCGAAAGCUUUAAGCGGGUUUUUCAGGGCCUUGAGUGUGCGUACAUGUUAUUCUACAAGAGGACUGGACAGUCUAUUUCUUAA